CUAGCUUUCUGUCGAUCCUUAGCUCCAACUUGCGUCAGAUCCUUUUGCCCCGGAUUGAAAGCUAGGUAUAGAGUUCUCUUUCUCCAUCAACAACCUAUUCUUCCAUUAAGAACAAUUUAGGGCCGAACAGCUCAAACUCUUUCUUCUCAACUCAGUUCUUUUUAACAGAAUCACUACCCCGAAAAGCACUCACUGAUAUCUAACCCCUUUCACUCUUAACCCACUCGUUACUAACUCAUAUUCUUUCAGGUUAAAGAACACUUUUCCCUACACUAAUUAACUUAGUUAAGACCCUAUAAGUACCAUCAGGGCUCUUGGAGAAAGUGCUGAAAGGAGUUCACACAAGACCACAGAGCGAGAGAGAGCCUUCGCUUACCUGUUUAACCCUAUCACACCUAUCUUUUCCUUCUGUCACCUCUCUGUUCAGCUUGGACGUAUAGCUAGAUUGAAUAAGAGAUAUGGCAUACGGGAAUAGUAUAUGAAAUCACAAAGGCGACUGGAGAUGAGCGUGGUUAAUACUUCAUAAAGCACCUUAGCAAUUACUAGUAAUGCCCCCUAUCGACCUAAGUCUUGUUUUUUGCUAGAACUAUACGAUGUGGAAUUGAACUGAAACUGAGAAUAGAGGUUUUCUAGUCUUUUACGUGAAUUCUACUCGCACUUUACCGAUAAGGGAUACCGCCGGAUUACCCCUACCUUAACCUUAAAGGUCACGCUUUCUUUUUGGAUCAGACCGCUCUUGGUCUUCGAACUAGUCAUUAAUGAUCGGCUUCAUUGGUACCUUUUCGGUAUGCGUUGCGAACACUUUCAUUUUGAGCGUCUCAUCUUCUCUAUAGAAGCAAAACUCGAACGGAUAGAACAGAUGGUGCAACUACAUAACUUUUUCUUUUUCAUUACUUCCAUGGUCGUGCCUCGUGGCACGGCAGCACCCGUACUAUUGAAAUGGUUCGUCAGUAGAGAUGUUCCCACAGGUGCCCCUUCUUCUAAUGGUACUAUAAUUCCUAUUCCUAUCCCUUCAUUCCCUCUUUUGGUCUAUCUACAUUCCAGGAAAUUCAUACGCUCCACGGACGGAGCAAAAAGCGGAGUCUUGGUCAGAGCAAGCCGACCUAUUCUAUUACCAGACAUAAUUGGGAGAAGCUCAUCCGAAACUAGAGCUAGAAAGGCCUUAUUUCGUUUCGUUCCUGUUCUUCAUUUCCUUCUUAUCGAAAAAAAGGGGGAUUUCUCAUAUUUAGAAUCUUUCUGUGGUGUGCUCUGUUUACUAUUCUUUCGUACUUUCUUCUCUUUACCACGCGAUAGGUCAGCGAAGCGUGAGCGGGCGCGGAGAAGGAAAGGCCAAAGACUUCAGCCUAACGGGAAUGAGCAAGGACGAAAUGACAAGAUGAGGUGCCCUGGGCACCCCCAAAGAAGGGUCGAAGUUUUUGGGCCUGUAGCUUUACCCGUCCCCCCUUCGUCGGGCGGUGCUUGUGUGGGGGGUGCGCCACCAGAAAUCGGGCUUGAAGCUCUCACCUUACCAACGAGCCGGCAGCUGAUGGCUGUUGGUCACGACUACUACAAAAAAGCUCCAAUGAAGAUGAAUAUUUCACAUGGAGGAGUGUGCAUCUUUAUGUUGGGUGUUCUUCUGUCUAACACAAAGAAGAUACAGUUCACUCAACGAUUGCCUUUGGGUUCCGAACUCCAUAUGGGGAAGGAGCGUUGUUGUUUGCAAGGUCUAGAUUAUUUACAUGGACCCACUUCUCAUUCAAUUUGUGGGAAUUUUCUGAUCUAUAAACCGUCCCUAACUAACGACCGGCUCGUGUUUGAGGAUGAUGAAUCACUUCGUGUCGACCUGUUGCCAAUAAACUUUCCGGCCUCAUAUGAUAAUGGAAAACUGGAGCAUUUUCUGCAUCGGUGGAUGAAGAAUCGCGAACAUAAUAAUUUCUGGUUGACCAUGUUCCCAGAAAAAAGAUACUUUCAAGAAACGACGAACACGACUGAAGUGGCUAUACAUACAAAUCCAUUACGGAUCUAUAUGCUCCGAUUGGAACUUCCAGUUCCAGAACAGGUGGCUGGUAUACUACCAUAAUGAAACUGCCUUUUAUUUUUUUUAUUCGGAUCGGAUUUCUGUUGGCUUCGUUGGGAGGAUCGCGUAGUUUGUUACGUCAGCUCCAA